UUCCGCAAUGACGUGUCAUUCCAAGUUCCUUCCGCUCGCAAACAAUCGAAGAACAAAACCCACCUUCUCCUCCCCUGUUUCCUCCUCCUCUGUUUCCUCCCCCGUCUCUCCUCCUCCUCUCUGUGCGUGUUGUGAUGGAGGAUCUUCCCCAACACCUGAUGCUCGACAUCCUGCGACGCCUCGGCGACUCGGCCGACGUCGCCCGCUGCCGGACCGUCUCCAAGGCCCUGAACUCCGCCGCCCGCGACGUCAGGUCCGUCGCCCUCCUCUGCUCCCUCUCCCGCUACCUCAAGUCCCGGUCGCCGGACACCGAGCCCCUCCUGCCCCCCUUCAAGUCCCUCGUCGCCAGCGCCAUCCUCAGCUGGAGGAGCGUGGAUUCCAUCUCGAUCGGGAUUGACAAGUCGCUCGCCGCCUCCGUCGAGGAAAUGGAGGAGGACGAGUCCGCGGACGACAUGUACCUGAUGGACGCGGGCUUCGUCGCGGGGUGGCUGCCGAGGGUCUGCGAGGGGUUGAUGGCGCUGUCGAUCUCGGACUUCUGGGUCCAGUCUUGCUGGAGGAGAUCGGACCUUUUGGCUCUCCUCUCGUCUUUUUGUCGUAGUCUUCGUGAGCUGGAGCUGAAGAAUGCUUGGCUGUCGGUGGAUGGCUUGAAUCCACUUCCCACACUCACCAGUUUGACACUCGAAUAUAUAAGACUCGAUGAUGAGGACCUGAGCAAGAUAUGUACUUGCUUUCCUCUUCUGCAAGUUCUCAACUUAUGCGGCGUUGGUGGACUUAAAGAACCGAAAAUACGUCUUCCGGAUCUCAGGUCGUGCCAAUGGACUGUGUCAAACGUUCCACUUACCCUGGCCAUUUCUGCUCCCAGGCUCGUCAAACUGACGCUUAAGUGCAUCAAACCCAGAUCUGUCAUCCUUGAAACUCCAGCAUUAUCCGAUUUUAACCUCUCCAUUGUGCAAGCAGAUGAUCUCCAAGUAAAGGACCUUAUUAGUUUGAAAAGCCUUAAGCUUGACUCCCCAUUUCUUUACAAUCUGCUUACUGCCUUCCCAUCUGGGGAAACAGUGGAGAAGCUUACUUUGAAUACAGAAAUCAGUAGUGAUGCGGAGGAAAUGAUUAGCCCAGAGUUGUUGUUUAAGACAUUUCCGAAUGUGAGUUCUCUCACGCUUGGCCCUGGCGCUUGGUCAAGAUUGUGGCCAUCCCCAGGAGGCUGGGAGGGUAGUGUCGAAAUGAAGAGCCUGAAAGGAAUUGUCGCAUGCAUGGUGGUCUCUCGUAUUGAUGUUGCGCAAUCAUUUAUUGCCUCUAUUCUGGAUAAGUGCACCAACUUGUCAGAGUUCACGAUUCUUGUGCACCAGCAGCAUGCUGACUCCAACUUGCUGAGCAACUUGACAAAUAGGUGCACUGCUGGUUGGCCAAGACUAAAAUGGAAAUUUGGAGUCUUUAAGGAAGCUACCGAAGGGUACGGAUUUACCGGGGGCUGGGAUAUAGUGUGGCAAAGACAAGCUUUUAAAGGAGCAAGAUAAGACGGCGUGCUUCUCUUGCUGGAUAAUUUUUUGCUUGGCCUUCACGGGGAAGGGUUUGCCUUAAUAUGAAGGAAAUGAUCCUGAUCCCGAGCCGAGACCCCGCUUGAUUUAAUAGAUCUUCCCUUAUCGAGAUUAGCACUGGCACAAGGACAGGACUGAGGAGACAAGCUUGUUUGUGAGAAACUGAGGAGGGCCAAAUGUAAUUAUGGUGAUGGAGAUGGUACUACCUGCUCGUGCACGCACUUUGAUCUAUCAGUUGCAGGUGAUGCUGCGUCUCUCUCUCGGUAGCAUCAGUUCUCUAUCAAUAUUAAUUCUUCCUCAUCUGUGAGGAGAACAUUCAUACAGAAGAGAAGGAAAAUAUAAGGAUGGGAAAGUGAUUCGGGAACCGGAUGAUUUGGAUUGUCUGCAAUUUGCACAUGCUUGUUUGUUAUCACUGUGCCUGUACUGCUGGAAUACUUACUAAGUGUAACGCUUGUAUACUUUGGAACUCAUUUGAGUGCAUCAUUGGGAAUUCAC